AUGGUCGACGCGUCUCCAGUGACUAACCGCAAACAGGUGGCCAUUCUGGACUUUGGCUCGCAGUAUAGUCACCUCAUUGCACGCCGUGUACGUGAAUUGCACGUGUUUUGCGAGCUCUACUCGUGUCAGGUUAGUGCCAAAGAGUUGCGUCAACAUCAGCUCACGGGGAUCAUCCUGUCGGGCGGUCCGCAAUCGGUCUUUGAUGCAAGCGCACCCCACGUAGACCAAGAAGUGUGGAAGUUUAUUGAGGAGCAGAAGCUACCGGUGCUUGGCAUUUGCUACGGGCUGCAGGAAUUGGCCUUUACUAAUAACGGUCAGGUGGCUCCCUCACAGCACCGCGAGUACGGCAAGGCCAUUGUUACCCGCAAGAGCAACGUGGACUGUGGGGGUUUAUUCGAAGGCUUGCCGGAUGAAUUUCAGAUGUGGAUGAGCCAUGGAGACAAACUACUCACCAAGCCCGAUGGAUUCGUGGACAUUGCAACGACCGAGAACUCGGAGCAUGCCGCCAUCGUCAAUGUGGCGCGCAAGUUCUACGGCAUCCAGUUCCACCCGGAGGUGACUCACAGCCCUCGCGGCAAGGACAUCCUGCGGAACUUUGUGGUCAACAUCUGUAACUCGCCCACGGACUGGGACAUGCGCAGCAUCGCCGACGCCUUUAUUGAAGAGGUGCGCGAGACCGUAGGUCCCGAUGGUCACGUGAUUGGUGCUGUGAGUGGAGGAGUCGACUCGUCGGUCGCUGCUGUGCUGCUGCAGCGCGCUUUAGGCGACCGCUUCCACGCUGUGCUCAUUGACAACGGUCUCCUGCGUAAGGAUGAGGCUGUUGAAGUUGUCGAACGACUGCAGACCAAGUUGGGAAUCAACCUCAAGUGUAUUGACGCGUCAGACCGUUUUCUGUCUGCUCUCAAGGGAGUCACGGAGCCCGAAACGAAGCGGAAGACGAUUGGCAACCUCUUCAUCGAUCUGUUCCAGGAGGAGGCUGAACGGAUCGGACACCCGGUGGACUUUUUGCUGCAGGGCACGCUGUACCCGGACGUGAUUGAGAGCGUCUCGUACAAAGGCCCUUCGGCCACAAUCAAGACGCACCACAACGUUGGUGGUCUUCCAGAGAAGAUGCACCUGAAGCUUAUUGAACCGCUUCGCGAGUUGUUUAAGGAUGAGGUCCGUGAGCUCGGUAUGGCCCUUGGCAUCGAUGAGCCCAGCUUGUGGCGACACCCGUUCCCGGGCCCCGGCCUCGCCAUUCGUGUGCUUGGUGAGAUCACACCCGAGGCGCUGGAAACUCUGCGUCACGCCGACUCAAUCUUCAUUGAGGAGCUGCGCAACAGCGGCCACUACAAGACAACGGGUCAGGCUUUCUGCGUCCUACUUCCGGUGAAGUCCGUGGGUGUCAUGGGCGACGGCCGUACAUAUGAGAAGGUCGUUGCUAUUCGUGCCGUCAGUACGUCAGACUAUAUGACGGCUGACUGGUACCACAUGCCAUACGAGGUGCUUGGUCGCAUGUCCAACCGUAUUAUCAACGAGGUGCAUGGUGUGAAUCGCGUCGUAUAUGACAUCUCAUCCAAGCCGCCAGCCACUAUUGAAUGGGAGUAA